AGGUACUACAGCUCCACGGAACGGAACGUUCCAAGCAAGCUUCAUCAGUUUUGGCGCGCUUUGCAUACUGCAAACAUUAUUUCUCUGUUGUGUCCUCUAGUUUAUAGCGUUAUUUGCCAAUAAAGUGAAGAAAAUGCAGCGCGAUUACGCCAAAGAUAAAGAAACAAUCAAAUCCUUUCUGGCGGAAUUUUACCGCGAGGAGGACGAUGGGAAGAAGAACUUCGUUUACGCACGCCAGCUGACAAAGAUUGCGCACCGGGAGCAGAUACAGCUAAUCAUCGAUAUGGACGAUCUGGUCAGCUACCGGGAUGAGGUGGCCGAAGCCAUGCAGAUGAACGCCCGCCGGUAUGUGAAGCUGUUCUCCGAUGCCGUAUUUGAGCUGCUUCCCUCGUACAAGGAGCGUGAGGUGAUGAACAAGGACACGCUGGACAUCUUCAUCGAGCAUCGGCUGAUGAUGCAGGGCCGGCUGCACAACCCGAACGAUGCUCGGGACGCUCGCAACAACAUUCCGAUGGAGCUGAUCAAGCGGUACGAUGUGUACUUUAAGGCGCCGAGCACCGCCAAGGCGGCAUCGAUCCGUGACGUGAAGGCGGACCAGAUCGGCAAGCUGGUGACGGUGCGUGGUAUAGUGACGCGCUGCACAGAGGUGAAGCCGAUGAUGACGGUUGCCACGUAUACGUGCGAUCGGUGCGGUGCGGAAACGUACCAGCCGGUAACGUCGAUGAGCUUCAAGCCGGCGAUCGAUUGUCCGUCGGAAGAUUGCCGCGUGAACAAGGCGGGUGGUCGGCUGUAUCUGCAAACUCGUGGCUCGAAGUUUGUAAAGUUCCAGGAGAUUAAGAUCCAGGAGCACAGCGAUCAGGUACCGGUGGGUCACAUCCCCCGAUCGCUUACGGUGAUGUGCCGGGGUGAAACGACGCGCUGUGCCCAGCCGGGUGAUCAUGUGGUCAUUACGGGCAUUUUCCUACCGAUCCAGAAGACGGGCUUCCGGGCGAUUGUGUCCGGAUUGUUGAGCGAAACGUUCCUCGAUGCACAUCGGAUUGUUUGUUUGAACAAGUCGGACGAAGGAGAGCUGAACAACGAGCUGACGCAGGAGGAGCUGGACGAGUUGGCGAAGGAUGAUUUCUACACACGCAUCGCCAGCAGUCUUGCGCCGGAGAUUUACGGCCAUUUGGAUGUGAAGAAGGCGCUGCUGUUGCUGUUGGUCGGAGGUGUCGACCGUAGUCCGGAUGGUAUGAAGAUCCGCGGCAACAUUAACAUCUGUUUGAUGGGCGAUCCUGGCGUGGCAAAGUCGCAGCUGCUCGGGUACAUCGAUCGGUUGGCGGUGCGCAGCCAGUACACGACGGGACGCGGUUCGUCAGGCGUCGGUUUGACGGCAGCCGUCAUGAAGGAUCCACUGACCGGCGAGAUGGUUCUGGAGGGUGGCGCACUUGUGCUGGCCGACCAGGGAGUGUGCUGUAUCGACGAGUUCGAUAAGAUGGCCGACGAGGAUCGUGUAUCGAUACACGAGGUAAUGGAACAGCAAACGAUCUCGAUCGCGAAGGCCGGUAUUAUGACGUGCUUGAAUGCGCGCGUUUCCAUCCUGGCCGCAGCGAAUCCCGCGUACGGUCGGUACAAUCCACGCCGUACGAUCGAGCAGAACAUUCAGCUCCCGGCUGCGCUACUUUCCCGCUUCGAUCUGCUUUGGCUCAUCCAGGAUAAGGCCGAUCGGGACAACGAUCUGCGACUGGCGAAACACAUCACGUACGUGCACAGUCACGGUAAGCAGCCACCGUCCCGCAUCAAGACGCUCGAUAUGGCUCUGAUCCGGCGGUACAUUGCACUGUGCAAACGCAAGGUUCCCGUAAUCACACCGGAACUGACGGACUACAUCGUGAAUGCGUACGUUGAGUUGCGCCGUGAGGCACGCAACAGCCGUGACAUGACGUUCACGUCCGCCCGUAAUCUGUUGGGCAUUUUGCGUCUGUCAACCGCACUGGCUCGGCUCCGGUUGGCUGAUACCGUCGAGAAGGAUGACGUGAAGGAAGCGCUGCGACUACUUGCCAUGUCAAAGGAUUCACUGAACCAAACGGAGCAUCGCGACACACACGUACAAAACACCUCGGACAAGAUCUUCGCCCUCGUGCGUGAACUGGCUGGUGAGAGUAAGACCGUGAAGGUAGCCGACAUUAUGGAGCGCUGCACGACCAAGGGCUACAAACCGGACGAGGUCGACGAGUGCAUUGAAACGUACGAGGAGCUGAACGUGUGGCAGGUCAACCAGACGCGAACGAAGAUCACCUUCCUCUAAAGCUGCUGCCACUGCAAUUUUUGUGUUUCCUCUCUUUCUGUUUACGUGCAUGUUGUACGCAUUUGUUUUGUAGCGUUUUACAUCUUCUACUACUCACAUUAUUUACUCCAUUUUUUCUGCUAGCUCUUAAGACAUCUCACUGUACUGUUGAUAAGGAAGUUUUGUGUACCUUUAGAAGUCAUCAUAAUCGAAAGUGUGGUAGAGUGUAGUGCGUAGUGGUUGUGUGAGUUUACUUUUAUACAUUUUUUUCUUUAUUUAGAACUGCCACAAACAUUGCAAGGGGAAGAAGUGCACCUACGACAUUUUGAUGAUUAAAUAAAUUUGAAAAUGGAACGAUUGA